CAUGACACUUUCUGGUUGGGUUUUCAUGAUAUCAGUUGGAUUCAAUGCAGCAGCAAGUGUAAGAGUGAGCAAUGAACUAGGAGCAAGGCAUCCAAAAUCAGCAGCUUUUUCUGUUGUUGUGGUUACGUCGUGUUCUUUCAUUCUCUCAGUGAUUGCUGCAGUCAUCGUUCUUGCAUUGCGUAAUCUCAUCAGUUAUGCCUUCACUGGUGGUGAAGUCGUGGCUGCAGCUGUCUCCGAUCUUUGUCCAUUGCUUGCGAUUUCCCUCAUUCUCAAUGGAAUUCAACCCGUCUUGUCAGGUGUGGCUGUUGGCUGUGGAUGGCAAACAUUUGUGGCCUAUGUAAAUGUGGGCUGCUAUUACAUUGUUGGAGUUCCAUUGGGUGCUCUUCUCGGCUUUCACUUCAAACUUGGCGCGAAGGGUAUAUGGUCAGGAAUGCUGGGAGGUACAGUGAUGCAAACAAUCAUCUUGAUAUGGAUCACUGCUCGAACCGAUUGGAAUAAAGAGGUGGAAUCAGCUCUGUAUAGGUUGAAAAAGUGGGAUGACAAGAAAGAAUCAAUUCUAGAGGAAUAGAAAAAACUGGACAAAGAGGAGAUUCAUACCAAAGGGUUGUUAAUGUUCUCUCACAAAUGGGGUUUAGAGAGCUUAAUGAUUCAAGAAUAAUUUGAAUGAAAAUGACCAAGAAAAUUAUGAAAUUGACAUAGAAAAGGUACAAUUAGCAGGAGAAAAUCAUGAACUUGACAUAGUGUAAUAUCUCCAACGCAUUUAUGCUCAUACUUUUCAAUAAUUUUUUGAGAAUGAAGGCAUCUUUAUAAUCCU